GAAUAUCAACGAAACCGAGCUACGAAAUUUCAUCUACUGAAGGGUAGCGACGGUAAAAACUAUUAUAGUUUUAAUUUCACCAAAACCGAAUUGGGAAUUUCCAGCAAAGGAACAUCACCUGCCAUGGUGUUCCAAGAUGGCGGUUUGUACAGCUUCACACUAAAUGCUGUUUAUGAUGAAGGAAGCUGUGGACAUAAUAGCCACAUAUCUCGAGGAACCGUUCGCCUAACAGUAAUGAAGUCUGGAGACUUUUCAAGCGUCGUCAAUUUCACAGACAGGUUUUCGAGCUAUAUGAACCGAAGAUGGAUGGUCCGUGCAUAUUUAAAGUUUCAGACAGAAUUUCGGCCGGGCGAAGGAUUGCUGAUCAAUACUAACUACAUUGACUGUGUCGUAUGGAACAAAACAUACCUCAGUGUCACUAAGAAAACAACUAAAUUUCUACGAACCCGGACGAUGAAAUCGUAUCCAUUAAUUGACGAAUACGGCCAAAACUAUCUAAGGUUCAAUUUCACCAAUUCUGAAUUUGGAAUUUUUGGCAAAGGAACAUCACCUGCCAUGGUGUUCCAAGAUGGCGGUUUGUACAGCUCUACUCUAAACGACGUUUAUGAUGAAGGAAGCUGUGGACAAAACAGCCAUAUAUCUCGAGGAACCGUUCGCUUAAGAGUAAUGAAGUCUGGAGACUUUUCAAGCGUCGACAAUUUCACAGAAAGGUUUUCGAGCUAUAUGAACCGAAGAUGGAUGGUCCGUGCAUAUUUAAAGUUUCAGACAGAAUUUCGGCCAGGCGAAGGAUUGCUGAUCAAUACUAACUACAUUGACUGUGUCGUAUGGAACAAAACAUACCUCAGUGUCACUAAGGUCAGCAGCAGCAGCAGCAGCAGCAGCAUCAGCAUCCUCGUCGUCGUCGUCAUCGUUACGUUUGCUCAACAAGUUAUGACUCUUCCAUUUCAAUUUGCUUUCUUCUUUUCUUUAAAAUCACUUUAAAUCAAAUUUUAACUUGGCACAUCUUAUUGAAAUAUUGCCUAUAAAAACAUCGUACCAUUUACCAGAUGUAUACAAUGUUCCUGGAGUAUAUUAUUAAACAAAAGAUUCGGUAUAUAACCGUAUAGUAACUCGGUAUAUAACCGUAUAGUAACUCGGUAUAUAACCGUAUAGUAACUCGGUAUAUAACCGUAUAGUAACUCAGUAUAUAACCGUAUAGCAAUAAAGCUUUAUCUACUAAAUUUUUCACAUAAAAUCUGUAUCAUUGAAAACAUCUUUCUAGAGUAACGCGACAUUUGAAUAGGUAAAUGUGAAAUCCGUAUAGUACAAUUAUAACGUUAUUAAUGAAAUUGACAUCUCCACUUCAAUAUUGGAAAAGUUUAAAGAGCUCCGAUUGGUGACCGGCCGGUAGGUCCUAGUAGGUAGACUAUAUUGUGAGAUAAAGAUAAGAUAGAUAAAUUUUAUUACCAGUGCAGGACCUUUUGAUCCUCUAUACCAGACUUUGGUUUGUUUGUUUCUGUUUAACGUCCUAUUAACAGUCAGGGUCAUUUAAGGACGUGCCAGGUUUUAGAGAUGGAGGAAAGCCGGAGUACCCGGAGAAAAACCACCGGCCUACGGCCAGCACCUGGCAACUGCCCCACGUAGGUUUCGAACUCGCAACCCAGAGAUGGAGGGCUAGUGAUACCGGACUCCGAAAUAUGAUUAUUACAAUAAAUAGAAUCAAUAAAUUGUGACAACAGUUACAAGUCCUAUAUAAUGUCAUACUUAUAUUUAUAUAAAAGAUCGUGCUUUUCCCUAUGAUUAUCUAGUCUGUUUUUGAAAUAAUUAACUGUUGGUGCUAGGACAUCAUGUUCUGGGAGAUUGUUCCAUAUUCUAACAACGCGCAGACCGAAAACGUGUUUCCUUCUAUCUAGCCGAGAAUGCUACGGGCUUGAAGCAACCAUUUAUCAAUCCAAGCUGUGCCUGGUGAUCCAGAUCAGUAUUUCCCUGUAUGUAUCUGAAUAACUUGGUGUCGUCCGCAAAGACAUAAACAUCUGUCUGAAUAGUAUCUGGUAAGUCUUUUAUGUAGAUGACGAACAAUGCUGGCCCGAGUACCGAUCCCUGGGGAACUCCGGAGGAUACAUCGCUCCAGUUGGAAUGUUUGUCCUUUAAAGGAACUCUCUGUUUCCUGUUGACGAUGGAGCUGGCCGUCCAUUUGAUAAAUGUUUCACCGAUACCGUAAGAUGACAUUUUGCUUAAAAGUCUUUUGUGAGGAACAGUAUCGAACGCCUUCUGGAAAUCCAAUAUAUAUACAAUCGAUCGAAUGCCUAUUAUCUACUUGUUCAGUCCAUUCAUCUAAAACUUUCAGAAGUUGUAAUGACGUGGACCUUCCAGCCAUAAACCCGCAUUGCUUAUUUGAAAAGAACGCGUUUUGUUUCAUAUAUUCUGUGAUGUGACCCCUUAGCAAAGUUUCUAGCAUUUUGCAUACAAUUGAUGUCAAACUAACCGGUCUAUAAUUCCCUGGUUCGCAUUUAUCUCCCUUUUCAAAAAUUGCUGUUAUCGGAGCUUUUUUCCAAUCAUCUGGUACAGUAGUGGUUUCCAGCGAAAUAGUGAAUAACUUUGCUAAAGGUGAUGCAAUCGUUUCUGCCGUUUUCUUGAGAAAUAUUGGAUGUAUUCUAUCUAUUCCUGGCGACUUAUUAAUCUUUAAUUUCAAAAGUUCUUUUAAAACCAAGUCACGGGUUAUACACAAUGGCUACAUCGGAGAAACGAUGUCUCUAUAUGGAAGGGAGGGGAUUUCUGAUUCUUCAUCUGGUUCCGUAACAAACACACUUUUGAAAGAAGAAUUUAAAAUAUUCGCCUUUUCCAUGUCAUUUUGUUCUUUACGAGAGUGUUUAAUUGUUACCAGGUUCUGUAUAUAUAUCUCCAAUUUCAGCUUUUGUUUUUGACUUGAUUGAAUGUAUUUCCAUAUUGCUUUUGGGUUGCUUUUUGCGUCCACAGUUUGUAAAUCUUCAGAAAUCAUCUUCUAUUUAGUCAUAAGGCCCAGAUGCUUGAUAUUUGACCUGUAGCAUGAUUGGGUGAAGUUAUACAAGAUUUGUUAAAAUGUCAACAACCUUGACAUGUAUUCAAGGUCACACAGGACAGAUAUGCUAAAAUGCUUAAAACACUUUUUUCAAUAGCAAAGAGGUCUAGAGAAGUAGAAGCUUGCUUUAAAAUAUAAGGUGCUUGCUUUGAAAUAUCGUUUAGACCCCGAGGUCAAAGGUCAAUGUAACCAUGUACAGUAUAUUUCUAAUUCACCUGAGCAGAGUAUGCUUUAAUGUAAGACUUUAUCAAGAUCUAUCUUGUGCUUGCUUGCUAGGAUAACUUAUCAGACCUGUUGGUCUAUGUCACUGUUACUAAAGAAAGUAUCAGGCUUGGAGGUCAAAGGUUACAGAAACUGUUACUAUAAAUGGAGAAAAAAAUCAUGCAAAUUACUUUGAUUACAGUUGAGGCUAAAUAUAUGCUUUCAGACUUCGUCCAGUGCUUUAUCAAUGAAAGACUGCUUUCUAUAAAUAAAAAAGUAUAAGAACCCAAUACUGGCUCAUAUAGAUUUUUUUACUCUUUAAUGAACACUGGGGGUAGAUACAAGAGCAUUUUAAAUGCAUCAAUAUAUAUUAUAUAAAUAGCUUGUGAUAUAUUUUCUUUAUCCAGGGUUACACAUUUAGACAAGUCUAAUUUAUACUACGACCCUGCAUCAAUACAUAGUUAUCACAGAUAAACAAAAU